AUGCGAAUCGGUAGGGGAUGUGAGCGUUGUCGUCUUCGCCAUAUCAAAUGUACCAUUGCUGGAGGGGCCUCGUCAUGCAAUGAAUGCUCUCGACUCUCGCGGGCGUGUCAUCUUGACCCUCCGUUCCGCUUCAAGACUGUCCGCCAUGUAUAUCAGAAAAGCCAGGGAACAGCAUCCAAAUUCGAGCUGGCGUGGGAUGCCUGCCAGCCCUGGGUGAAGGUCCCUCAAUCAUUGAUGUUCGUUGAAGAAUCCGCUGAGGAUCCCGACUCAGAUGGCACCUCUGAUGCUUUGAGGGACAACCAGCCUCCCUCCAAUGUGUUGCCAGCAGUGUCACAACCGCAAAUCCCGAGUACACCCAGUCCGCGCGAGGAUACAACCCAACCAAGCAACCAACUGAUCGCUCAAUUGGCGGGCUCUAGUCCAGGCGAGCGGCGAACAAUAUCCUCUAUCAGCAUCUCGCCCAAGCCUGCGAGUGGCCCGUCUCCUUUGCCCUCUGUCAGCACAUGGGGAGAUCUUUCACCAUCUUUAAGCUCCCUUAGCCCACGUCAAAACUCUACCGCGCCAAUGUCGACGCGCGAAGCCUUCCUUCUCCGUUCCUUCAUCCAAACUCUUUCUCCUAGGUUCGAUGUUUGUGAUCAGCACUCCCAUUUCUCGACCGAAGUUCCACGGAGAGCACUUCAGGUUCCGAUGGUCCUGAAAGCAGUCUUAUGUUUAUCUGCACGGCAUUCUGCGGUUAUAUCUGGGUCCAGUGAGUGGGAAGCCUCAGAGUACCACAGUCAGUGCAUCGAGUUACUCCUAAAUGCACUUGGUAAAGCUGAGGAAUCCUACGACGAUAAUCUAUUAAUCACCGUGGUAAUCUUACGCAUGUAUGAAGAACUGGAGCUGGCAGCAGAUGAAAAGUGUCAUUGGCUUGGCUCUACCCGGCUUUUGAACACAAUGUCAAAAUCAGCUUCAUCUGGUGGGCUGGCGGAGGCUGUCAGCUGGCAGUUCCUGCGGCAGGCUAUCUACGCCUGUCUGGUUGAAUACCAGCCCAUGCAACUUAACCUAGAGAAUUAUGAACAUUCGUCCGUCUUUCGACGGAGGGACGAUGCAGCCUAUUCAAACAGGAUCAUCUUCUUAUGUGCAAGAAUAAUCCAACUCCGCUCGGCGCCAACAUUUAGCUUUGACGAGAACGACUGGAACUAUUUGUCCGAAUGUGUUGAGCAGUGGCAUCGGGAAAAGCCGAUCAGCUGGCAGCCUUUGAAAUACCAGGAGGCCAAUUCUACGGAAAGUAGGCCGUUUCCAGAGCUGUGGUUGGUGUCUCCGCCAGCAGUCGUCGGUUUACAAUACUACCAUACCUCUCGCAUUCUCCUAGCAACUUCUAACGCGCACCAUUCAAUCGUCAGCGAUUAUGAACGCGCCAAACUGCGGCGCAUAGAAGAGCAAACAAUCGCAUACCACCUCAUAAACGUGAUUGGGCUGUCAAGAUCCAACGAAACGGUCAUAAACGCAUACUUCAUGGGCUGCCAUCUCCUGUAUCGAUAUGGAUUCUGCCUUCGCCAUCCAGCCGAACACCAGGGAUCAUUUGAAUUCCUAGACUUUGUGGAGAAGAAAGUAGGAUGGCCAACGGCCUGGAUCGUUCGCCAGUUGGAGGCCGAGUGGAGCGAGCUUCACACCCUUGAUACCUGGAGCCCGCGUUAUUGA